AUGGGAGACCUGGUUUUCCUCUUGGUCCAAGACGUGUUCUACCAUUCGCUGGCUGUUGUCGGGGUUACCGCGAAUGUCAUCACCAUCGUGGUCCUGUGCCGAGGGAACUGCGGCCUCGCCGGCUGCACGGUUCGGUACCUGGUGUCCAUGGCCGGGGCAGACCUGCUGGUCAUCAUCUUCUGCGUGGUCCUCAACCACCUGAUCUUGCUCUACUUCCCCUACUCCGUCCUCCUGCACUACAGCGUCUGUGCCCUCAACAGCAUCGUGAACGCGGCGGCCGUGGACUCCUCCGUCUGGCUCACCGUGGCUUUCACCUUCGACCGCUUCGUCGCAAUCUGCUGCCCGCGAAUGAAGCUCCGUUACUGCACGGAAAAAACGGCGACCCGGGUGAUCACCACCUUGUGCGCCGUCAGCUACCUGCGAAAUAUCCCACGAUAUUUCACCUACGAACUCGCCCGGAGCCCCGGCCCUUUCCCUAUAUGUCGGCUUCGAAACGUGUGUUCAAAGUCCCUUUGGGCCGUGUACAUGUGGACGGGGACGGUGCUAACCCCUCUCAUUCCCUACGUGGGAAUUCUGCUGCUGAACGCUCUGACCGUCCGUCACAUCUUGGUGACGAGCAGGGCUCGCAAGGGUUUCCGCGGAACCGGAGGCGGCGGUCAACAGGUGGACACUGAGAUGGAGAACAGGAAGAGGUCCAUGGUUCUCCUCUUCACCAUCUCGGGCAGCUUCGUGGUACUGUGGAUCCCCAGGGUAGUGGACUUUGUGUACCAGGAGAUCCUUCUGGAGAUGACGCCCAACCUCAAAGUUAGCCAGGUUGGAGCCAUGCUGAUGUAUCUCAACUCUUGCAGCAACACCUGUAUCUACGCCCUGACCCAGGCCAAGUUCAGGGAGCAGGUGUAUGAGGUUGUCACCUUUCCCGUCUGCCGGUUGCUGAAGUUCCUCUCGGACUCAGUGCCCAAGCGUGGACUCCGCCCGCGACACUGA